AUGUCGACGAACAAUCAAUUCCAGCUGUGUCUGUGCAAAGCACAGUCUCUUUUCACUAGGCUCCACCCGAGCAUGCAACAUGCAUUGUUGAAUCCAUAUGUGCAGACAAGCCUCGCGGUUCUACUGGCCCUUGCACUGGUCAAGGGCCUCAACGGCUAUCUCUCCAAGCGUGUGCAGAACAACUGGUUGCGAAUCGACAAAUGGGACCCAGCCAGAGAACUAGUGGCGCUCACCGGAGGAUGCAGUGGGAUUGGCAAGAAAAUCAUGGAGGACCUCUCUCGGAGAAAAGUCAAAGUCGUGAUUCUAGAUAUUAACGAGCCGGAUUUUUCCUUGCCCCCAAACGUCUUCUUCUACAAGACCGAUGUUACCUCCCGAUCAACCGUCAAGCAGGUAGCCAGCCAGAUCAGGAAAGACCACGGUGAGCCCACCGUCCUGAUCAACAAUGCCGGUGUCGGAACGAUGGACACCAUUCUGGACAAGCCAGAAGACCAAAUCCGUCUCACGAUGGAAGUCAAUACAUUGUCGCAUUUCUGGACGGUGAAGGAGUUCCUGCCCAGUAUGAUCCAAAUGGACCACGGCCACAUCGUCACGGUCGCUAGCAUGGCCAGCUUUGCCGGUAUCGGGGAAAUCACCGACUAUUCCUGCUCGAAGGCAGCGGCACUGGCAUUUCACGAGGGCUUGAGCCAGGAGGUCAGACAUUGGUAUGGUUCGAAGAAAGUCCGGACAAGCAUUAUUCACCCGAUCUGGGUCCGCACGCCGCUGAUCGACGCCAUUCUCAAAGCUGGGAAGAAGUGGAAACAGCCGGUAUUGGAGCCUGAGGAAAUUUCUGCGGCCGUGGUUAACCAGAUCGUCUCUGGGGAUGGUGGACAGGUUGUCGUGCCCGGCCGGUAUGGAGUUGCUGCGAUGCUUAGAGGGUUCCCCAACUGGAUUCAGGAAACGAUCCGUGACAGGCUUUCCCUGGACUUUGUUAUGCUUCGGGAGCUGGAAAAACAAUUAGGGAAAUAA